AUGGCAGGGGGUACUAGUAUCUGGGCGAGUAAGGAGGCAAGAACUGACCCGAAGGAGAUCUUUAAUCUGAGGCUUCUUUAUCUCCUUAUAUCGGUUGCCUGGGGUGGAUGGUUUUAUGGCUUCGACACCGGCAACAUUGGAGGCAUUCUGACUUUGCCUUCAUUUGAAAAUGCCUUCGGUCUAAACAACCUACCAACGGCAGAAGUUGAUAAUCGAAAGGGAACGAUUGCCGCAAUGCUUGCGGCUGGUGGCUCCGCCGGAGCUCUCUGCGCUGCCCCAACGUCAGACUUCCUUGGACGGAAAUGGUCGGUCUUUCUGUGGGGAUUUAUAUUUGUGGUUGGUGCUGCGAUGCAGAUGGUGGCUGAUUAUGAUGUGCUUCUUGCCGGUCGCUUCAUUGGCGGGAUGGGGGUGGGCGCCAGUUCAAUGCUCACUCCUCAGUUUCUGGCCGAGAAUUCACCUAAAUCCGUUCGAGGAUCAAUGACUGCAACAUAUAACUUGAUGAUUCUAGCCGGUAUAAUGCUCGCCUUUUGGAUUAACUAUGGUGUGUCGCUGUGGUCAUUCCCCGGCGUUGAACAUGAUAACACGCAAUGGAGAACGUCAAUGGGAAUUCAACUCAUCCCCGGGGCUCUGAUGUGCCUGAUGAUACCCUUUGUGCCUGAAACCCCUCGCUACUUGAUUAAUCAUGGUCGCUCAGAGGAAGGAAUCAAGAACCUCUGCCGACUACGGAAGCUUCCUAUCGAGCAUCCCUAUGUCCAAACGGAAUACCAGGAGAUUGAGGCGCAGGUACGAUACGAGCAGGAGUGUCAUCAGGGCCACAGCUAUUGGGUGGUGCUGCAGGACAUCUUCCUCAUCAAAAGCAACUUUCAACGGUUUUUCCUCGCCGUUAUGUUGUUCCUGUUUCAUAAGUUCACCGGAACAGAUUCCUUGAAUUACUACGCGCCUGAGAUAUUCGAGUUAAUCGGUGUCAAAGGGAGCUCCAACAGCCUUCUCACAACUGGAGUCUAUGGCGUGGUGAAGUUUGUGGUGACCAUCUUCUAUGUCACCUACCUAGUCGAUCGUGUCGGUCGCCGCCUUCCUCUGCUCGUUGGUGCCUGUCUACAAGCAACCGCAAUGUUAUACCUCGCAUUGUAUCUCCGGUUUGCCGGAACUAACACCGAUACUGUUGGAGGAACUCCUGCUGGUGGUAUCGUCGGUAUUGUCUGGAUUUACAUCUACGCCUUCGGUUGGUCCUUUGGACACAGUGUGGCAUGCUAUGUCGUUGCGGCGGAAAUCUUCCCAACUAGAAUCAGGUCGGUCUGUAUGUCAAUUUGCUUUUUCGUCAACUGGAUUGUCGAUUACGGUAUCACACGGGCUACACCGAAUAUGAUUACUGAGAUGGGAUGGGGUGUCUUUCUACUCUAUGCGUUACUAACCUAUGCCGGGGUUGUCUUUAUCUUCUUCUGCCUGCCCGAACUCAAAGGACGAUCUAUUGAGAGUAUCGAUGACCUGUUCCAGAGGCCGCUGUGGAGCAUGUGGCGACAUGCAUACCCCACAGAGGAUGAGAAAGUACGACAAGGUAUUCCGCAAUUGAUGAAAGGGCUUACACAUCACACUAUGGCGACUUUCACUCUCAACACAGGCGCGAAGAUUCCGGCCGUGGGAUUCGGGACAUGGAAGGCGGCACCCGGGGAAGCUGCUGCGGCAGUCAAGACAGCAUUUGAGGUUGGGUAUCGGCAUUUUGACUGCGCUCCAUUAUAUGGCAACGAGCGGGAAAUUGGAGAAGUGUUUAAAUCCACAAAGGUUCCUCGAAGUGAAUAUUUUGUCACGACUAAACUAUGGUCUUCAGACCACCGCCGGGUCGAAUCAGCUCUAGAUAAAUCCCUUCAAGAUCUCGGCCUCAACUAUGUGGAUUUAUAUCUCAUGCACUGGCCAGUAACACUGGACCCAUCCUCAAAUUCAGCCGAAUACGGCAAAGAAAAUCGGAAAGUCCAUGCAGCAGGCUGGGAUUUCAGCGACACCUGGCGGGAGAUGGAGAAGCUGUUGGAGACCGGCAAAGUGCGGGCAAUCGGCGUGGCGAACUUCUCAACGGUGAACUUGGAUAAGCUAUUGAAGACGGCGAAAGUGGUGCCCGCCGUUAACCAGACUGAAAUCCAGCCUUUACUACCGCAGGAUAAGCUGAAUGCGUAUUGCCGAGAGAAGGGGAUUCAUCAAACGGCGUUUGGGCCAUUGGGUGGGUCUGGGAGUACGUUGCAUUCUCAUCCGGAUAUCGUAGAUAUUGCGGCUAAGAGGGGGUGUGAUACGGGUAAUGUGAUGUUGAGUUGGGGGAUUCAGAAGGGGUGGAGUGUUAUUCCCAAGAGUACGAAUCCGAAGCGGAUUCAGGCGAAUCUUGUGGGGAAUGUUGAGUUGACACCGGAUGAGAUGGGGAGAAUGGAUGCUCUGGCUCUUCCCAAGGGGAAGAGAUUUAAUCGACCAGAUUGGGGGACUGUUAUAUUUCAUGACGAUGCAGAUGUGGAUCUGGAAGAGUAGGUCUAGUAAUAGACUGUGGAAUUUCACCACCAGAUCUCUCCUGCGGGUGAAACUGACUCUUGGAUUUCGCAAUUUGGAAGCCUUACUCUAUGAAUAUCCUGGCGGCCUAAUUUAAGUUAUCC